UGGCUUUCGGUCUGGACCGGAAUGUUCCGACGUUUGAAGGCGUUGAAAAAGCACCUUGCUGCGUCCAUCGGGUCCAAACUCUUCUGCCGGAACUGCACACGGGCCGUCGUCGUGGAGCCUCCCGCCGCGUCGGAGCCGCAGCAGAUGGAGAUGAGUCGUGACGCUGGAGUCCAGGACCCCGCGGAGGCGGGAGGAGCGGCCGCAGGCGGCGCUUGCGGACAAGGCUUCAGUUCGGACCUGAGCCCGGAGGUGAGUGUCGGCACCGCUGAUGCGGACCUGCCGCUGACCAAGGAGGUGACCCGCUCCCGCCGGGAUGGACGGGGUCGCUGGGUGAACCCCUGGCCCACCUGGAGGUUCCCGUCCUCCUCGUCCCUGCUGCGCUUCCUGCUGCUGGACCAGGACCACAGUGACGUCCCCUCAGACGCUGAAGUUCUGGACUCCAAGCUGCCGGUGGUGGAGCCGUUCUUUGUGAGGAGUCCGGCCGAGUGUGGAGCCGGUGCUGCUCUGCGGGUCACGUGGCUGGGACACGCCUCGGUCCUGGUGGAGCUGGACGGGCUGAACAUCCUGACCGACCCCAUCUUCAGCCAGCGGGCCUCGCCUCUCCAUUUCCUGGGUCCCAAGCGCUUUCGAGGGCCCCCGUGCCACGUGGAGCAGCUGCCCAGGAUCCACGCGGUCCUCAUCAGCCACUCGCACUACGACCACCUGGACCUGCCCAGCGUCAGGAGCCUCAACUCUCGCUUCGGACCCCAGCUCCGCUGGUUCGUCCCUCUGGGUCUCCGGGACUGGAUGUCGGUGGCCGGCUGCGAGGACGUGGUGGAGCUGGACUGGUGGGAGCAGAGCGGCGUGGCGGGUCGCCAGGACAUGCGUGUGGUCUGCACGCCGGCACAGCACUGGAGCAAGCGCACGCCGCUGGACACCAACAAGGCGCUGUGGUGCAGCUGGGCUGUGGUGGGUCCGCAGCACCGCUUCUUCUUCGCCGGUGAUACGGGCUACUGCUCGUCCUUCCGGGAGAUCGGACGCCAGCUGGGACCCUUCCACCUGGCGGCCAUUCCCAUCGGAGCGUACCAGCCGCGGGAGGUGAUGCGGGGGCAACACGUGGACCCUGAGGAGGCCGUGUUGAUCCACCAGGACGUUCAGGCCCAACAGUCCGUGGCUGUGCACUGGGGAACCUUUGCUCUGGCUCAUGAGUUUUAUCUGGAGCCGCCGCGACGUCUCAGGGAAGCUCUGGAGCAGAAAGGCUUGGAUCCAGGCUCCUUCUUCACGCUGAGUCACGGAGAGUCUCGACUCCUCACAGAGCCAGCGCAGCAGCGACGCCAUCUCCAGGAGCAGUGAUGUCAUCACCUCUGUGUCGAGCGUUGUCUCGGUAACCACGGGCUGGACUGACCCCACGGCUGUCGCCUGAAUGCAAGGUUUUUAUUCCAAAUAAACACAGUCUUCUCCUGCAGCUGGAGGCCACUGGCGCACGGGCGACUCCUCCUUCAGGCUGCUGCCUUUUUUUCCUUGACGUUUUCUGUGGUUUCAUUUUGAGCAACCACGAAUGGAUCAUGGCUUUCACUGAAACGAGCGAGACAUGGGUGAAACACUGCAGCUACUGACACUGGCUUGUUCUGUUGCCAGGCUGUUUGCACAAACACAUGGCAGAAGAUGUCUUGGUUUCACAUGUGUCCAGAAAGAGGCGGCAAUAUGGCAAACUAUAUCAUGGUUCAUUGAUGUGUUGACUGACUUGAAAUCACUGUUUGGAUGGGAUCACUUCUCUUUUGCAUGAUGUGACUGUAGUUUCCAGACAAAUCCUUGGCUUCUCUGCCUGAACUUGCUUCAUAACAACAAUGGUUCUUUCUCUCUUCACAUGUAUUUUGUGGUGCGUUUAGUUGUUCAGAGCCACCUUUUAAAGCCCAGAGCAGACGUUGACAGUCCAUGAGCAUCAAUACAGUUUGGAAGUCAGACAGGUCAGGUUAGCCGUUAGCUCUGUUAGCUCUGCGCUGCAGACAGUCUUUGGCCUGGUGGCGGCUCCCUCCCUCCCUCCCUCCCUCCAUGGUUCUGUGGUGAAGGUGUGUGGUCCAGUUAGAGGCGCAUCAGCUUUAGAAACAGCUGGAAGUUGUGAGCGGCUUCUUGGCUGUGAGUGUGUGGGAAGAGGAGCGCGGCGCACCACAGCAGCGCUGCUUUGACUGAGGGAGGGAUCAGCAUCAGCAUCAACACACUCUACAGUAGAGUGGAGAGAAAGAAUGGCAGCCAGUCCAUGGGAUCAUCUCCUCACCUUGGUUGCUCCUCAACACCUUCCUACUGUCAGGAUUUAACAUCAUCAUAUCGCCGCCUCUGUCUCCAGACACAUGAGGUGGAACUGGACCCCCUCAUCUCUGUGAACAGCCCAGUAUGACCUGCGGAGAACACUGGACCACAGUGGCAUUUCCCACACGCCACCGACCCCUGAACGGCUGGCUUCCAGGGGCUGUUGGUAGUCACCGGUCCCUCCUCGCUGGCGAGCUAGGGGGCGCUCCCCUGUUCGAGAGAGCUGUGAGCCUGCCGUCCCUCCAGGACCAGGUGGUCCCGGGUGAGAGGUCAGACCCCUCAGGUGUCUGUAAAGGGCCCGGCUGACACGAGAGACUCGGGCGCGCCAGACCGUUCUAACGUGGCACCAGUGAAAGAGAGACGCUGCCUUCCACCGGUUCUGGGACGGAAGCCUCCAUUGUUGACUUCUCUGCGCAUAAUGGACGGCAGAGCUUGUGAGGAACACACUGGAGCUAAUAACUGAAAACAAAACAAAUCUGGCGCCCCCACGUGCCGGCGCUCUGGUGGGUUUUCUGCAUCUGUUCUUUGCCAUGUGGAAUAGAAAUGUCAAAUACUUUGACUUGGAACGUGCAGAGACCGUUGUGUUGUGUGGGAUGAUGUGGACUGUCGUUAUUUCCGAUGUAACAAGUGAAGUCAUAACUAUUCAAACACAGUGUGAGACGUAGCAAUGGACCUGGCAGAACAAACGAGCGUGUCUUGUCUUUGUUGUGUUGCCACUCGCAAUGUGUUGUCGUUACUGAUGAAGAAAAAACGUAGGCUCCAGACAACACCUGUUUAUUGUGAACGAGUUAACAAGUGAACAUUUCCAGGGAGAGACCAGCGAGCAGCGGAUGCUGUUGGGUUUUCAUCUGGACCCGACGGCUCUUCAAAACACUCUCCUGUCCUUCCAUGGUGUCAGUGGCAGAGGGUGGUCCUGGUGACACCACUGAGGCUCCAUGGUCUGGGUCCAAGCUCAGGACAACGUGUCAAAAGCUAGGACUGAGAAAUGUGGGCUGAAGCUACGGGAGGUUUCUCAAAGCUCUUCCUUCUGUCACUCAGGGUUGGGGCUCUGCUUGCUGUGAUCUCGUCCUCAGCCAGGGUCACACCUCGUAUACAUGACAUUAUGAUUCAACAAAGUCGCCGUCAAGGGUUGGAUAAUACAGGAAAAGAUGAUGGAUUCUCACUCAGAACAGGGGAUCUAUUGGUCGGUAACCCUCACAGCCACUGAAAAGCUAGAGAAGAAAUGGUUGCAUGAACCUCAGAGGAAAUGCGGUGCUAGUAAUCAUGAUGCUGGAGUGCUACGGCUGAGAAGCGGGCCGGCGGGCCGCUCAGGCGCCCAGCAUCUUCUUCACCAUGUAUCCAGGAGUGUUGUAGAGGAACAGGGCCACGAUGGCCAGCAGCAGCAGCGCCGUCACCAGCUUGAUGGUCAGCCAGCGGUACUGGUCACACAUCAGGUGUUUGACGGCCUUAAAAGGGAUGAGGAACCAGAGCAGGGCGAUGUCUGGGCGGCUGGAGCGAGACAGAAACACCUCAGAGUCACUUCUACACAUCAAGGAAGCCAAAGCAAGACACUGACGCCUGCGGGGAACCCGCCCCGUCCCCGUGUUUUAGUCCGAUGUCCUUUGUGUAAUGAACUCUGUUGGCAGCAGGUGACACGCACACACUGCCAGCAGCAGCACAGGCCGAGGGAUCAGAGCCUCCAAAGUGACUGUCAGCAGCAGGAGCGCGCGGCUAAAGUGAGUCAGGCAACCCUGAGAAACGCUUGCGUCAGACGGCUUUAUUGACAAACAAAAGGCAGGAUACACGGCAGCAGAGUGGAGCAGGUGCCUCAGGCGCCCAGCAUCUUCUUCACCAGGUAGCCGGGCGUGUUGUAGAGGAAGAGCGCCAGGACGGCCAGCAGCAGCAGCGCCGUCACCAGCUUGAUGGUCAGCCAGCGGUACUGGUCACACACCAGGUGCUUCGCAGCUUUGAGAGGGAUGAGGAACCAGAGCAUGGCGAUGUCGGGGCGGCUGGUGAGGUACAGAGACGCAUGAGGCGGUUACUGCGGGUGCCGGGCGCCGCCAGCCACAGUCUCACUACACAGCCCAAGAAAAGCCACACGCCGCCCAACAACGCUUUAUUCCAGAACUGAAGUCACAUGUCUAAGCGAGGAGGGCGGCCCCGGCCGGGCCCUCAAGCCCCGAGGAUCUUCUUGACCAUGUAGCCGGGCAUGCUAUAGAGGAAGAGGCCCAGCAGCGCCAGCAGCAGCAGCGCGCUGACCAGCUUGAUGGUCAGCCACCUGUACUGCGUGCACAGCAAGUGCUUGAUGGCUUUGAAGGGCGUGAGGAACCACAGCAGGCUGGUGUCUGGGCGGCUGCAGGGAGAAGCACAGCGUCAGCACGUCAUGCCGCCGGCCAGCGGGAGCACUAGAAAAGUGGGCGCUGAUAUCGGGAGAGAAAGACUGGGGACUUACCGGCUCCGGCAACAACAGAAUCCACAGCUGCCCGGAAGCGACUGCAGCGUUUGCUCCCCCCGAAAUAGCUCACGGUUUUUAGGCCCGUAUUAUGUUUGCUUUAUGUCACACUAAACACUCGACUUUAAGAUGGUUUAUGGACGGGUUUAGAGCGAGUUUGAUGCCGGAACAGCAGUGAAAACGCCGGCGGCGGACAGCGCUGACAGAGCCGCGGGACACAGAAGGUGGUCCACUCAGAGACAAGAGAGCUUCUUCAUACUUGGGUUUCUCCAGAGGCUCCGGCUCAUUCCGCCCCUCGCCCGCCGGACUCUUCUCCGCCUCCUCCCCCGUCAGCAGGUGGAGCUCGGCCUCCACCUUUCCCUGUGGAGCACAGCCGCCAGUCACGAGUGGGCUCAGACUCCAGAGAGCUGAGACUGGGCCUUGGCGCCUCCUGACUUACGGUCAGUUCGAACUCGUCGUCCUCGUUCCGGGCGACGAAGGGCCACCAGCCUUUGAUCCUCUUCUGCUUGAAGAUGGACACCGUGGGCAUCUCGGCCUCGUUGGUCACCAUCUCGAUGGUGCACUGCUUGGCGGUCUUGGCCCCUCGCGGGAAGCGGUUGAGGUCCAGCUCAAUUGCACCUGAAGUUCAAGGUGAUGUCGGUGAGGGAUUCUCUCUUCAAACGGAUCAUUCUGGCACAAAUUCAUGACUUAACAGUUCCGCUUUUGCACCCUUAUUUUUCAGCGGUUCUUUUCAGUCCGUCUAAUUCAC